AUGGGCCGCGCGCUCGCCGCGCUGGCGCUGGCCGUGGCCGCCCUCGGGGCCGGGCAGGUGGCUCGCGGCGCCUCGUGCCCGGGCACCGUGCAGGUGGCCGGCGGCGAGGGCGGCGCGCCGCUGCCGGUGUCGCUCGUGCCCACCGGCUGGGGGUCCCCCGACGGGGGCGCCGAGUUCGAGGUCGACGGCAGCGGCAAUGUGGUUCCGCACAUGGGGAGUCGCGCCUACUUCGCCCUGGAGUGCACGCCUGGCGAGUACGACAACAGGCAGUACAUGGGCUUCAAUCUGCUCGGGAAGUCUCUGCGCUACACCGUCGACCUCUCGGGCGCAGGCUGCGGGUGCAACGCCGCUUUGUACUUGACCUCGAUGAACCUCAACGAGAAGAAAUCGGAGUGCGGGGACCACUACUGCGACGCCAACAACGUCUGCGGCGAAUCGUGCGCGGAGAUCGACAUCCAGGAGGCUAACAUGUAUGCGUGGCACUCCACUCUGCACGUUGAGAGCGACCCGAGCGGGGUGGGCGGCGGCUACGGCGGCGGUGGGAGGGACUGGACUGGCCCGCGGGACUGGACAGGGAUGCAGUAUUCCCCGGGCGGCACGUGCAUCGAUACCUCGGAGCCGUUCCAGGUGGCGGCCUCUUUCCCUGUGAACGCGUCGGGCUGGCUUGCCGGGAUGGCGGUAGAGCUUUCGCAGGCGGGACGUUCGUGUGCGCUGAAGACGAGCAUCACGUCUUACGAGGGAAUGGAGGAGCUGUCCAGGGCAGUCCGAGCUGGGAUGACGCCCGUCUUGAGCUACUGGAGCGACGAUGAUAUGCUGUGGAUGGACGGCUUGGGCAAAGACGAGAAAGGCCCCUGCAAGUCGGACAGUGCCGCCGACUGCUCUGAGACAGUGAAGUUCUUCAAUUUCUCCGUCGGGGAUCUUGAUCGCGAGACCACCGCCGAGGAGGUGCCCGCCGCACUGGCUGCGGGCGCAGUCGAGGACUCUCUGGGGGCGUUCUGCUGCCUGGCCUCCAGGGGCGAGGGCGACUUCUGCGGCUCCUGCCCCGCGUACGCCCGCACAGGCCCCUCCAGCCACUGCGGCGCCUCCGAGAGCAGCUGCGCCGCGUGCGGGGGCAGGGCCACCUGGUGCACGGACGCCGCCCCUCCGCAGGCGGCGGACACCUCGGCGCCCGGGCCGCCGCCGCUGCCCGGGCCCACUCUGGCCGCGGAGGCGGACCGGGCGGCGCCCACUGCGGCCCCUGCCCCGCUGGCGGUGCCGGCCGCUGCCCCAGCGGCGGCGCUGCGCGCGGCGGACGGCGGCUUCUGCUGCCUCGCCUCCGCCGGCGCCGGCGCGGACCUUUGCGGGCAGUGCUUCCCGGGCGCGCGCGCGCUGCCCGGGAGCAGGUGCGGCGGCUCAAGCUCGGACUGCCACGCUUGCGGGGGCAAGGCCGCCUGGUGCGAAGAGGCCGCCGUGCAGCCCGCGGCCGCCGGCGGCGGCGGCGAGGAUGGCCAGUGCUGCCUGGCCGCGAUGGACUCGGGCGACUUCUGCGGCAGCUGCUUCCCGAGCGCCCUCGCGAACUCGUCGAGCAGGUGCGGCCAGUCGCGUGCGGCCUGCGAGGGCUGCGGCGGUGCAUCGCGCUGGUGCAGGCUGCAGUCGGGCGGCGGGGGGGCGGCGGCGCUAGUGCGCCGCGGCCUGGAAAGGCCGGCAGAUGACGCGGCCGGCGCAGAGCCUUUUGACUGCAAGGCGGGGCUGGCCAAAUGGGAAAGUGGCUGGUCGCAGGCCAAAAAGACCUGGUGCUGCGAGGUAAAGGGAUCGCCGUGCCUGGGGACCACCACCGCCUCAGCAGAGGCCACCAACGCCGUGGCCGAGGCCACUACCGCCAAGGCCACAACCGCCACAGCCGAGGACGCAGGGAGUGAUCGCGCGGACGUUUCCGACGGCUCGUUCUGCUGCCUGGCUGCGUCUGAGGCCUCCGACGUCUGCGGCACGUGCUUCGAGAACGCGAGGGCAGAGCGAUCCAGCCACUGCGGCGCGUCUGCGGAUGGUUGCGACAGCUGCGGGGGCAUGUCCACGUGGUGCUCCACCGCGAGAAGCGCUAUAGAGCAGCGCAAGUCCCCGGUCAGCAACAUGACCCGUGCAGUGAAAGACUCCCCCACUGGCGCCACUGGCUUCUGCUGCCUCGCGGCGGAGGAGGGCGGCGGCGACUUCUGCGGCACAUGUUUCCCGAACGCCAUGGUACAGGGAGACAGCCGCUGCGGCGAAUCCCAGCAUGCCUGCGAGAAUUGCGGCGGUGCAGCCAGGUGGUGCAACGUUUCUUCUGUCAGCGACGCACUCGGAGGUGAAGUAGAAGCCGAGCACGGAGGUGCUGGUAGCACGACCGCUGCCCCCACGACCACCACCAGCAGGUCCCCGAAGCCAAGCCCAACCAGCGCGGCCUCCAAGAUGAGCACCACCGUCGGGGCCUCUGAGACUAGCACUACCCGCGCGGCCCUCAAAGGCAGCACCAGCGGGGCUCCGGAGCUAAGCACCACCAGCGCGGCCUCCAAGAUGAGCACCAUUGCCCUGGCCUCUCAGACCAGCACUACCCGCGCGGCCGUCAAUAGCAGCACCACCCGCGCGACUUCCACGAGCACCGCCGCCAGCUUGAUCCCAGAGCCCAAGUGCCCCGGCGUGGUGCAGAUCGGCAGCGACGGCCUGUCCGACCUGCCUGCGCACAUCGUGCCGACUGGGUGGGGCUCGGAGUACGGCCCCGUGCCGGUGCACGUUGCCAACCACAGCACGAUCAGUGCCAGCAUGGGUGCCCGGGCGUACUUUGCCAUGAGCUGCACGGCUGGGUCCUACAGCAACGACGGCUACAUGGCGCUCAACCUGCUCGGCUUCUCGCUUCGGUACACCGUCGACCUCUCCGGCGCUGGGUGCGGGUGCAACGCGGCCCUGUAUUUGACCUCCAUGCGGCAGAACAAGAAUGCCUCCACGUGUUCGGACUACUACUGCGACGCCAACAGCGUCUGCGGCGUUGCGUGCGCCGAGAUCGACAUCCAGGAGGCCAACAUGCACUCGUGGCACUCCACGCUGCACGGCCAGGACGACCCAAACGGCGUCGGAGGCGGCUUCGGGGGCGGCGCCGCAGAGUGGAGCGGGCCGCGCGACUGGAACGCCUCGCAGUACUCGCCAGGUGGUGCCUGUAUCGACACGAGGCGGCCGUUCGACGUGGACGCCGCCUUCCCCGUGGACGCCGACGGCAGCCUCGCCGCGAUGGUGGUGACGCUGUCGCAGGAGGGCAAGUCCUGCCCGCUCUCCACGCUCACGGCGGCGUACGCCGGCAUGCCUGAGCUGACGGAGGCCCUCCGAGCGGGCAUGACUCCGAUCGUGAGCUACUGGAGCGCCGACGACAUGCUGUGGAUGGACGGCCAGGGGAAGGACAAGCUCGGCGCCUGCAAGAGAGACCGCCCCGACCGCUGCGCGGAGUCCGUCAGGUUCUCCAACUUCUCGGUGGGGGUGGCGCCCGCGCUGCCGCCGACGGCGUCGCCCACGCCGGUGCCCACCGCAGAGCCCACGCCGAGGCCGACGGCGGCCCAGACCAGUGCGCCCACCUCCGAGCCCGCGCCCGGGCCGCAACCCACCGGGCCGGAGGGCUUCUGCUGCCUGGCGGCCCCCAACCCGUUCGACUACUGCGGCUCCUGCCCCGCGUUCGCGCGCGCGCCCGAGGGCUCGGGGUGCGCCGCCUCGGAGGGCGGCUGCGGCCGGUGCGGGCCCCUCGCCCGGUGGUGCGGGGCCGAGGCCCCCCGGACGUUCACCACCAGCCACGCGCCCCCGCGCUCCGGGCGGGCGACCGUGCGGCUCGGAGCGGAGGAGGUGGAAGCCGAGGUGGUCGGGACGCCGCGCGGGGCCGGCUCGGCCUCCGAGCUGCAGGGCAAGUUCGGCGGCCGCCUCGGAGCGGUCGCUGGGCAGGGCCAGCGGCGCGGGCCGCCCCAGGCGCUCCUCUGCCUGCCCGGGCUCGCGGUCCUGGCGUUCGCGGCGCGGGCGUGGCUGCGGCGGGGGCGACGCGGGCCGGCCGGGGCGGGCACCGGCCCGCCGCCAUCGGCGCGCCCGAUGGUGCAGGCGGAGGACUCCGAGCUCGAGUUCGCCUGA